UCCUGGGCUGGAGCAGUGCAGGCGGAGCCCUUGGGAAGCGAUGGACGUGAGCGGUCCCUUCAGCUGUCCCAUCUGCCUAGAGCCACUUCGGGAGCCCGUGACACUGCCCUGCGGUCACAACUUCUGCCUCGCCUGCCUGGAAGCGCUCUGGCCGCACCGUGGGCCCGGGGGACCCGGUGGAUCCGGUGCCACUGCCCGUUGUCCACUGUGCCAGGAGCCCUUCCCCGACGGGCUGCAGCUGCGCAAGAAUCACACGCUAUGCGAACUGCUGCAGCUGCGCCAGUCUGGCCCCAGCCAGACCCCAGCCCCGGCUCCGGCCCCAAAUCAAGCCUCGGUCCCGGAACCCUCGGCCCCUUGCGCCCCAGAGCCAUGGCCGGAGGGCGAGGAGCCAGUGCGCUGUGACGCGUGCCCCGAGGGCGCGGCCCUUCCUGCGGCUCGCUCCUGCCUCUCAUGUCUGGCCUCUUUCUGUACUGCCCACCUGAGGCCCCACGAGCGCAGCCCAGCUUUGCGCAGCCACCGCCUGGUACCUCCCUUGCGCCGGCUCGAGGAAAGCCUGUGUGCCCGACACCUGCGGCCCCUGGAGCGCUACUGUCGAACUGAGCGAGUUUGCGUGUGCGACGCCUGUGCCGCCCAGGAACAUCAAGGCCAUGAGCUACUUUCCCUAGAGCAAGAGCGAGCCCUCCAAGAGGCUGAGAGCCCCGAGGUCCUGAGCGCUGCAGAGGACCGCUUGGAUGAGCUGGGUGCUAGUAUCGCACAGUCUAGACGUACAGUGGCCCUCAUAAAGAGUGCUGCACUGACUGAGCGAGAAAAGGUGAGCCAAUUGUUCACAGAGGCAAUAGGUGCCCUCCAGGGCUUCCAGUCUGAAGUGAUGGGCUUCAUUGCUGAAGGGGAGGCGGCCAUGCUAAGUCGGGCCCAGGGGGAACUGCGGCAGCAGGAGGAGCAGAGAACCCGGUUGAGCUCUGCCCGACAGAACCUGAGUCAGGGCCCUGAAAUCGACUCCAUUAGUUUUCUCCAGGAGCUUCUGGCACUGAAGUUGGCACUGGAGGAAGGAGGUACCUCUGGGUCAGGCCCCCCAAAAGAACUGAGUUUUACCAAGUCAUCCCAAGCCGUUAAAGCUGUUAGAGACCUCUUGACUUUGGCCUGUGCUAACCAGUGGGAAUUUCUACAGGGGAUGGGCAGGGAUACAGACAAUUCACAGAAGCUGGGUCUAGAAGCUGAUACAGAAUCUCAAGAUCCUGACAGCACCAAUGGUCUGGAGAGCGAGGAGUCAAGAGACUACUUUCUUAAGUUUGCCUUCAUUGUAGACCUGGACAGUGACACAGCAGAUAAGUUCCUGCAGCUGUUUGGCACAAAGGGCGUGAAGAGGGUGCUGUGCCCCAUCAGCUACCCUGAGUCUCCCAUGCGCUUCACCCACUGUGAGCAGGUGCUGGGAGAGGGCAGCCUGGACCGAGGCACGUACUACUGGGAGGUGGAGAUCAUCGAGGGAUGGGUCAGCGUGGGCGUCAUGGCUGAGGACUUCUCUCCCCGAGAGCCUUAUGAUCGAGGCCGAUUAGGCCGAAAUGCCUACUCUUGCUGCCUGCAGUGGAACGGCCGAAACUUUUCCGUCUGGUUUUAUGGGCUGGAGGCAGCCCUUCCUCACCCCUUCUGCCCCACCGUGGGGGUCUGCCUGGAAUAUGCUGACCGGGCCCUGGCUUUCUAUGCUGUGAGGGAUGGGAAAGUGAGCCUCUUGCAUAGGCUGCGGGCCUCUAAGCCCCGCCGAGGUGGGUCCCCUCCUUCCUCCUCGUCCCCCUUCCAAAGCAGGCUGGACAGUCAUUUUCCCAACCUGUUCACCCACAGGCUCAAGCCAGCUUUCUUUCUGGAGAGUGUGGAUGCACACCUGCAGAUUGGGCCUCUCAAGAAGUCAUGCAUCUCUGUGCUAAAGAGGAGGUGAUGCUGGGAAGGAGGGACCCCCCUCCUUCUCCUUCCAUUCCCAGGAGGAUGCUCUGAGCCCUCUCUGGUGAUACCCCAGGAAAACUGCCAACAUUAUAUUUAAUACAACCUAUCCCCAACCCUAUCCCUGGAGGCAGGUUCUGAGAGAGCCCUGUCCUUACCUUCCCUCACCACCUCCACUGACAAUCUCCCUUGGGAUAUUAGGUGGCUAGCAUCAUGCAACUGUAUGGCUAUUAGACAUGGUUCCUGCCAGGCUGAACCAGGGCUAGGAAGGGAUUAACCAGCCUGCCAAGCCUUAUCUAACUCUCCAAAGUGACCUUGUCUACCCUCAUCCCUUAUCACUGUGGGAGUCUUCGGCCUAAGCCAGAAGUGACCCUGAAAGUCCAAACCUUCCUUGUUGAAUUCCUUCCUACUUUUCCCCUUCCCUCCCUACAAUGUUCCUGACUCCCAAAAGUUCCUGUCUUUGCUGCUGUCACUGUCUGCCUUCCCCAUUGGAAUUUUGAUCAAGAUGACCAACACCACACUGUGCUUAGGAGGAAGGAAGAGGGAGGGGACAGAGCUGAGUUCUGUCUGGUGAGCCUGCCCUUAGAGCAGGAAAGAGGUACAGAGCUACAGCCCUAAAAUAUCCCUUCAGGAACAUAGGGGACUUGGAAAAGAGAGGGGAAAUUUCUCUACGUCCCACCUGUCUCUUUUCUCUCCAGCUGCAAUUCUGUGCAGGGGCAGCCAGAGGUAACCUCCUUACCUCCUUCCCCCUAGGUCCUGACCACAGCAAUCCAUUUUGGGCACUCAGAGUAUUUGCUUUGGAAAGGUUGGGUUCCCACCAGCUAUUUUCAUCCCUGUUGCUGUAGCAUAAUUCCAAACCUUUCUUUCUCUUGGCCUUGCCCAAAAUCAAACACAGAUACCAUUCUCAACAGCUGGAAUGGGCCUCUGGAGACUGGGCUAUACUGAGAUUGGGCAAGAAGUCCACCCUACUGUGACAAAUGUGCCCCAAGGGCUGGGAGAGAGACUGCUGCUCACACAACUUCCCAAGGGAAAUGCCUAAGACGAUCUGUGUAUCAGUAGCAAUGUGUAUCUGCAAUAAAGGGAAGUACAGUCUU